GGUGGUGUGUGCUGGCCAGAGCAACUACCAAGAUCUACAUUUGACCACCUACUCGCUCGGGGCCUCCCAUCCUCCUCAGGGAACCGACUUACAGUACACGCAUGGACCGGGACUGGGACACCGGAACUACCGCCACUGCUGCUCGGCCUAGCAAUUUCGCGAUUGAUAUGAGUGACACUGAUGACGACGCGGCCUCCACGCAGAAUACUGAACGUACCCUGGCUGAUGAGCGCGACUACCAUCCUCUUGUUCAAUCCCAACGACUGCGAAGGGCCGCAGGGGACGCCACACGCUACCGGAAUAGUUUUUUGAGCUUCAUCAGACGAGCGUGUGUACGACUCAUGUCUCGUGGCCUUGGGCGAGAUGAGGCACAUGAACCCUCACACACGCUGCGGCGGAACGACGCCGGCACUCUCUCAUUCAAGCAGUCGUUGCAUUUCAUGUUUUUCUCAUCGUAUAUCAAUUAUCUUAUGAUAUUUGUACCGUUCGGGAUCGCAAGCCACUAUUUUGAGUCGCCGCGGUCAGUCGUCUUCGCCACCAACGCUAUCGCCAUCGUGCCGUUGUCCAAUUUAUUAGCGUACGCGACAGAAUGCAUCGCCGCGGAUCUCGGUGAUGCGGUGGGCGCGCUGAUGAACAUCAGCUUUGGCAAUCUCGUCGAAAUCAUAAUGUUUUUUGCGGCUUUGCGGCAUAACCAUCUACGCGUAGUAAAAAGCGCGCUCGUAGGCUCAGUCCUAGUCAAUCUCCUACUUAUCUUAGGGACUUCAAUCAUUGCUGCCGAGUUUCACCCGGCUGAUCUUGUAUAUGACAUGAACAAUGCCCAAGCUUUAGCGUGUCUGCUAUCCUUGUCGGUAUUUUCCAUUCUUGUUCCCAUGGCCUUUCAUUUCACAUUUAAGGAUAAAGAGCAACGCGACAAUGCUGUUCGAACCCUAAGCAGAGCUUCUGCCCUAAUCUUACUUAUUGUAUACUUUGUUUACCUCGUUUUCCUUCUUGUGCCGCGACGGCGAACAACAAUACUCAAAGACGAGGAACGCCAUGUACAACAGCAAGAUGAGUCACGGCCACAGCCGUUGUCUCACAUAGUGAAAUUUACGGAUGCGCGCUCUGGCCUACCACCCUCAAGAUCAAGACGUCAAGACAACGUUGAGGGGAGCAUUUGGGAGUAUUCAGAGGAACCCGCCUCCCACGGGAGCCGCGCGAGGUCCGACUCUCAGCCGCUUGGUCACGAUAACGUGCAGCGCUGGAUGAAGGGGACUGCUGGUGCCUCAAGAUCUCGUCCCCAAUCACGACAUGCGCCGAGUUUGAGCCAGAGCUCAUUUGGCACAACCAGACCGCCGCGAGCGAAUGACAUUGUGGAGAGAUACAGCGAUGGUGGCGGGUCUGUGUCUGGUGCCAGGCCGUACUCGUCAUUCCAGAUUAUCGAGCCAAAUAGUGAAGUCACCAUGAUGGAACAGCAUGCCAAAGUCGACCGUUCGGCCGCUAUAGCCAUGCUUAUUGCUUCGACUUUCUUCACGGCCAUCUGUGCAGAGCUGCUUGUCGACACGAUCGAGUUUGUGAUCAAGUCUAGUGGACUGACGCAAUCUUUCAUUGGUCUGAUCAUACUGUCCGUCGUUGGAAAUGCAGCCGAGUACAUAACGGGAGUCAGGGUCGCAGCACGAGGCAAGUUGGACUUGGCCAUCGGAGUUUCUUUUGGCUCUUCCAUCCAGAUCGCGCUGUUCGUCAGCCCAUUGACUGUCAUCGGCGGCUGGAUUAUGAACAAGAACAUGACAUUGUACCUGGGUGUGUUCGAGACGGCAGCGCUGGUUGGCGCCGCGAUCAUGGUAAAUGUCCUAAUGGCUAACGGGAGGACCAACUAUCUUGAGGGCACAUUACUUUGUGCCUGCUAUGUAAUUACAGGGAUCGGAUCUUACUUCAUCCCGUAACGAGGAGCAUUAGAGGGGGAUUUAUAGAAUCAUGUCAGCUAAAUGAGCUAACGAGGGUAGAAAAAUGGGUAAAACAGCGAUACACAAGACUCGACAGUCCGAGUUGUGCCCAGGUCGGCCAAGAUUGGCAUUACCAGAUGGCUGUAUGUAAUAUAUUACUCCCCGAUAGAGGCUGUAUAAUAAUUGGGCUACAGUCAGACUGUUGGGCGGGAACAGACUACACGGUUACUCGGACAUGGAAAUAUCAUUGGUUGCUGCUUCUAAAUUCUACAAAGUUAUACAGUGGCAACAUUCCAUAGACUCUGCUCACUUUGUAGUAUGUUUGAACGCCGCGUUAAG